AUGAUAGUAGAUUCGGUCAGUUCGAAAGGAACAAGAGAGACUACUCCGACUCUUCCUCAGUGGCAAGCGGCUAAUGAUGUUUCACCGCCUGGGUCUGGCAGAAGCCUAAGGGAGCAGAGCUUUUCGAGAAAGCCGAUAUCAAGCAAGCCACCUAAAAGUCACGAUCCUCAACGAAGCUCGUCAGUCAAGUCGUUAAAUCCUUUACGGAAGAUUUUCAGACGGUCUCAGUCACACCAUGAACCAAAUGCGCGCAAUAAUUAUCGGUCAGAGUCACCGGGUUCGAAUUCUAGUCGUGAGAAGAAAAUACGGGCCCGUGGAAGCUCUUUUUUACACAAAUCUCCACAUGUAGCAGCACCACCACCCGAACUCAUCCAGUCCAAAUCUUCGUCUGCUCUUAACAACGUUGUGUCUCACAAUGUGAAUCCGUUCAUUAUACCCAAGGGUCAAGGCUUCGACCAGCCAUUUUCACCGCUCGGGACAGGUGUUGCUGUGGCGGCUCCACGCCAAAGUUUCCACUAUUCGCCAAACCCACUUUCGCGGAAAACCUCCUCCAACGAAUCUAAUAUGGUUUACAACCCGUAUGGGACGUUGUCGAAGUCCAGCUCGGCGGGGUCACAUCAUGACCUGGCUUUCUACCUACAGGACGGGAAGAACGAGCUACCGCUGUUACCAACGCCUUUGGAGGACCCGAACAAUUAUUUGCCGGAUGGGUUGAAGCAGACCAGCGUUCAGCUCGCCGAUAAUUUUUGCUACCCGGAACGCAAUUCCGGCGACGACAUAGCGCUUGGGUCCGGUGGCUCAAGUGAGGUUCGCACUGUUAGAUCUGCGUUUCACAAGAAGGACAUUUUCGCCCUGAAGAAAUUCAAGCUUUUGCACAACGAGGAACCGCAGCAUUUUUACAAGCGUUGCUCUAAAGAAUUUGUCUUGGCUAAGACCCUGAGCCAUAAUGUGCACAUUGCGAACACUUUUUAUCUGGUGAAAGUCUCGACAACAACUUUCAUGACAAGAGGCUGGGCUUUUGUAAUGGAAUAUUGCUCCGGCGGCGACCUGUACUCUUUAAUCUCGAGGCCGGACUGGAAAAAAAAACCUCUCAAGACCAAAUUCUCCCUAUGGAAGCAAGUUGCAGAAGGUGUGCGGUUCAUGCAUUCUCAAGGAAUUGUGCACAGAGACAUUAAGCCCGAGAACGUGCUUAUGACCGAGGACGGAAUCGCGAAACUGACCGAUUUUGGAAUUUCGGAUUGGUCUCACGAAGAUCCUCAAGACUUAAGUAGCCCCAUCAGACUCUUUGACUGGUAUGUCGGGUCUCCGCCAUAUUCACCGCCAGAAGUGAUGGUGAUGAACGAUGACAACGCCACGAAGCAAGAACAGAAACCCUAUGACGCUCAAAAAAUGGACUGUUGGGCGUUGGGAAUGUUGAUGUUUGUACUGGUAUACCAAUCAACUCCGUUUUUCGAGGCGUACAAGUCGGAUUCUAAGUUCCGCAACUACGUGUUAUCGUAUAACAAUUUCAUCGAGCACAUAAACCCGCAGUUCCGCAAACCCAAAACCUAUCGUGGAGGACCUGGCAGUGAGUUUCAGUACGGACGUGAGUUCCAAGAUACAGAGGCUUCGCGUAUAGCGUGGCGGCUGGCCGACCCGGAUACGGCGACCCGGUACACGAUGCAAGAUCUCGUGAACGACCCAUGGUGGCAGACGAUCGAGAUUCCAAGUGAAAACGAGAAAGUGACACUGCCCAAGGCCCCAGAGUUGAGGCGAACAAGCUACGACUCGGACAAUUCGACGUCUUCGGAGAAAAACGAGGCAACUCAUUCGUCGAAUCCGUUUUUGAAGAAGCAGCUCAAAAACAAGAGCAAAUCGAUGCUUUCAAUUGCGGAGGAUUCGUUCCAACCGCUGACGAGUUCAGGUUCCGACAAACUUCCGACUUUGAAUGAGGAAAAAACGAGGGAGGACGGCUCGGGCGCUCCCAAAGACGAGGCACACGAUUGCGUAUCCAAUGGCUCCCUCGAGAGCUUGAGGGGCCGGCUGCGCGAUGAGUUGACGCUGGAUGAGGACAAGAAGCUGGACCAAGGCCAGAAAAACGACGAGUUUUCCGACGCAGUAGAAAAUCAAACACAGGACACCACAAGAGAACAGAGACCAGAAUCGGCUGCGUGA